GUGGUGGGUUUGGGAUCCUUUCACAGCUUCUUCUAGGCUUUUUCCGGGGAUGGACCACUAUUGUGGCUACGCAUCUUCAGUUAAUCUCCACGGCUUCGAGUCUGUGUUUUACUUCCGGAUCCCACACUUACGACACCGGAAGCCGGAAGCGGGGGUUUCCACAGCCGAGAAGGGAAGGCUGACCGCCUAACUAGGACUUUCUGGAAGCUCCACUUCAGUCUGAGAGGUCGGAUCCGGCUUCUUCCGCCCUCUUCACUUCUGGCCGACUCUGCUGACAGGUGCUGUCUUGUUGGAUGAGCAGGCACCUCUGGAAGAAUCAGUUGAGUGAGAUGGUGCAGCCCAGUGGUGGCCCAGCAGGGGACCAGGACAUGCAGGGUGAAGAAUCUUCUUUGGGGAAGCCGGCAAUGUUACAUUUGCCUUCAGAGCAGGGUACUCCUGAGACACUCCAGCGCUGCCUGGAAGAGAACCAAGAGCUCCGAGAUGCCAUCCGGCAGAACAAUCAGAUGCUGAGGGAACGCUGUGAGGAGCUGCUCCAUUUCCAGGUCAGCCAGCGAGAAGAGAAGGAGUUCCUCAUGUGCAAAUUCCAAGAAGCCAGGAAGCUGGUGGAGAGACUGAGCUUGGAGAAGCUUGACCUGCAGAGACAGAGGGAACAGGCCUUAAAGGAUUUGGAGCACUUGAAGAAAUGCCAACAGCAAAUGGCUGAGGACAAGGCCUCUGUGAAAGCCCAGGUGACAUCAUUGCUGGGGGAACUCCGGGAGAGCCAGAGUCGCUUGGAGGCUGCUACCAAAGAACGACAAACUUUAGAGGGAAGGAUGCGAGCAGUUAGUGAGCAGGUUAGACAGCUGGAGAGUGAGCGGGAGGUGCUACAGCAGCAGCACAGCGUGCAGGUGGACCAGCUGCGCAUGCAGAACCAGAGUGUGGAGGCUGCCCUGCGAAUGGAGCGCCAGGCUGCUUCAGAGGAGAAGCGGAAGCUGGCUCAGUUGCAGGCAGCCUAUCACCAGCUCUUUCAAGACUAUGACAGCCACAUCAAGAGCAGCAAGGGCAUGCAGCUGGAAGAUCUGAGGCAACAGCUUCAGCAAGCUGAGGAGGCCCUGGUAGCCAAACAGGAAUUGAUUGAUAAACUGAAAGAAGAGGCUGAGCAGCACAAGAUUGUGAUGGAGACUGUGCCAGUCCUGAAAGCCCAGGCGGAUAUCUACAAGGCUGACUUCCAAGCUGAGAGGCAUGCCCGGGAAAAGCUGGUGGAGAAGAAGGAGCUUUUGCAGGAGCAGCUAGAGCAGCUGCAGCGCGAGUUCAGCAAGCUGAAGGUUGGCUGCCAUGAGUCAGCCAGGAUUGAGGAUAUGAGGAAGCGGCAUGUAGAGACUUCCCAGCCCCCUUUACUUCCUGCUCCAGCUCACCACUCCUUUCAUCUGGCCCUGCCCAACCAGCGGAGAAGCCCUCCUGAGGAACCACCUGACUUCUGUUGUCCCAAGUGCCAGUAUCAGGCUCCUGAUAUGGACACUCUACAGAUACACGUCAUGGAGUGCAUAGAGUAGGAGCAGCCGAUAUAAGGGCACUUGUAAUAAUGUGUCCUGAACUAUGCAACCUGUGCUUUCCUGUUUCACCUAUAGUCCACAACUAAGGACUUAAUGUCAAAGAACUGGCCCUAGGACCUAGCAGGACCCUUGCUUUAGCCCUUUGGUCUGCUAGUUUCCCUCUAGGGUAGACAGCCCCAGUCAGGGCUGUUUUUUCCCUUUUCUUCUGUGCUUGAGCCACUUGCCUCUGGUGGCUUUUUCUGCCCUCUUCUCCCACUCUCCUAGGGAGUCUAGAAUGGAGGCCAGGGGCUCUCAGGGAGCACCCCUUCUCCAAGCAGGGCUGGAUGCAGCUCUUCUUCCUUCCAGCUGUUGCCUUUCUUGCCCUGAGCUUUAGGCUGUCCUCCCAGGGCAUGUGGCACUUAGGGCCAUAACAUGUGUUGCCUCUGGUGGACAUUUGAGAAGUCUUUUUGCUACCGUGAGUAACAGUGCAGUGAAAGUACUUGUGCACUGAUCUGUGUGUGCCUUUAGGACAUGUGCUUAUACAUAGCAUUGCAUCCUUGCUGUGGAGGAGGUGGGUUAACCUUUGUAUUCCUGCCAUCUGCUAGACAUGCUGUUCUUUACUAAAGAGGUCUUUUUCUGGGGUAUGUGGGCUCUUUUUAAUCUACUGAUGUAACUUGGAUUUUCAUAUUUUCUACCCAUUUUUUUGUUGUUGUUGCAUCAUUGCUAUUUGUUCCUGGGCUUUGGGUAGCUCUUUGAUCAGCAGUCGGGUUAGCUUUUGUCUAUCACAGAAAAUGCACACCUUGUUUUCACUUUGAUUAUUGUUCCUAUUUGUGUUAUACCCAUUCUUUACUCUCAUAUUUUGGCUUUGGAGUUAUGACUGCUUUGUUGUUUGACGGAAGGCUAUUUCACACACAUGCUUUUUUUGUUCUAGCACCAGUGUGCUCUUGUCUUUUUGAAACACAUUGUUGUUUUGUGUGAAUGGUGGUUUCCAUGCUUCAUCACACUCCAGGAGUUUGUGAUGGCAUAUUCACCAGCCCAAAUGUUCUGUCUUGGGAACCAUUUAGUAGUGACUGGCAGAUUGUGAACAAGGGAACUCUUCACUUGUUUUGCAAGGUUCUAGAUGUUUUCUGGGAUCUUAAGUCAUUGGUAUUAGUCUUGCAAUUCUAGUAAAGGAAAGGAAGUUGGAAUUGAGAAGGCAAUAGAUGUGCCUUGCUGACUCCUCAGACCUGAAAUCCUUUCUGCCGUCCUGCAAGCUUUCAUGGUUCUGAUUGAAAUCUGUAAAUCCAUUCCUGCCUGGGCUUUUUUUUAUUCACAGGGAUUCUUGUCCAUUAAGAAUGGAAAGGCUGAGUAGAAUUAGGAUUUAAAAAAAUAAGCUUGAGCUGGGGGCUUCUUCACAGCUCUUAGGGGAUGGGGAGACAAUUUUCUAUUUCCUGAUUCCCAAGUAUCUAUCAGAUAGACCUUUAGGAAAAUGUUAAAGGAACAGACAUGUUUUUUGCUCAUGAGUCCUUCAUUUAAAUACCUAAUCUAAUUUUUCUUCUGUAGUACUAUUGGUUUGGUUUGAUUUAGUUCAUUUUUGUGGUGGUAUAUGACUUUCUUAUAGCUGAUCUAAAAAUUCUCAGAGACUUGAAGCAGCAAAAAAAUCACUCAUGUCUAGAAGUCAGAUGUUAAGUUUCUUCUGAGAAUCAGUUCCAGGCUUUCUCUCAGCUCUUGGUUUCUGACAGUCCUUGGUGUUGCUUGGCUUAUAGACCCAUCACUCCAAUCUCUGGUUCUAGGGCCUCAUGGUCUCCUCUAUUUCUGUCUCUUAAGAACACCAAAUUGUAGAUGUGAGGUCUAUCUGAUAAUUAAGGAGGAUCUCCAGCUCAAGAUCCUUACUUCACUACAUCUACCAAGACCCUUUUCCCAAAUAAAGUCAUGUUCUCAAGUUUUAGGGGUUUGGACUUAUACAACCAGAGUAGGGAUAUCAUCAGAACCUGAGUAAAUGCAGCCCAAAGGCAGGUGCCUUUAAGCCUUGCAAUUCUGUUAGAGAGACUUGGUCUCUAGGUUAAUGGUGACCACUAGGCUUCAGAAUUUGGAGGAGGUCAGGCUGUUAUAGGUGCUAUGCUCCUCGCAAGGCCAGUGGGUGUGACUGAGAAAGGCAGGUUGGCUGCAGCAGGAAAGAACUGUUGGACUGUCUGCAGUGACUGUAUAGGCUUCAUGCUUCUUGGAUAAAUAGAGAUGCAUAGGUACAUUUCUGACCAGUACUUUAUCCUGAAAGGGGCUCAGAAAGCAGGUGUGACCCAGGUUGCACAGCUUGAAAACAUUCUGGUUUGGGCUCCAUAGACUGGUCAGGACAAAAUCUGAGGGUAGCCACAGGCAAUGGUUGGGACCUAGUACCCUUCUCAGAAGGUAGGAGCCCUUGAUAUUUCCUUACCCUGAAGUAUGGUGUAUGAUUAACCACACAUUAGAUAUCAAGGAUUUGAGAUUCUACCAUCUUCCCUGACAUGGGACAUGUUUCUUUCUUUUCAGGAAUUACUUAACUAGACCUUGAAAAACUGGUUAUUAGUUUUUUCCCCCAAAGGGAUUUAGCCUAUUUGGCUUUUAUGAGCUGUGGCCCCUGGCAGACAGCUUCUGGAUCCAGACAUCUAGAAGCAUGUCUUUCCCAGAAGUCCUUUUACUGUUACUUGUGUGUUCUUCCUGUUGGCCCAUGACGAAGAGAAAUCUAGAGAGUCUUAUUGACAGUGCACAGUACUUCACUCACUGCAGUAACAAAUGAUAAGGAGUAGCUCAGCAGGAAUGCAGCUACAGAUUGUAAGUAGAGAUGAUGUCGAAAUAGGAACAAUUUCAGCCCUGUGUGUGAGACAUCCUCAGGCGUGGUGAGACCUUGCAGCAUUUCCCCUUUUUUUUGGGGGGGGGUGUUUGGUGAGAUAGAAUAAGCACUUUGGAAACAUCCUCAGCCUUCUUUACCUGACAACUUGGUCCUCACAGUGACUACUUCAUUGGAGUGGCUCUCAUGGCACUGUCAUUUGUUACCACAAAAGCUGUGAUGAAAUUGGCCAUAUACCUGAUGACACAGGCCUGCACAGCCAGUAUCUUGAAUAUUUUGUUACAUGGAACAUUCUCUGUAGUAUGGUAUAAAAAGGCCAGAGGCUUAAAUUAUGUAUAAAAUGUAAAAUAAAGAAGUAAGACCUGCAAGCAUGCAUCCUGUCCUCACUUGGUGGAUAUAGGGGUAGAGUUGCCAGUAACAAAGUUUUUCUUUUGUGCUAUUUCUAUGCCUUUAAUUCUCAUGCAUUAUAUAGGAAGUAGCUAUUACACAUAGCUUUGAGGUUUCCUCUGCCUAUGACUGAGGAAAGCUCAUUGUUGACACAACAGAGUGGUGCAAGGGCCAAGUCAGUCAACUAACAUGGGGCCUGGAUUUCCUGUGACUGUAGUAACAAAGUACCACACAUUGGGGUCUUAGGCAACAGAGAUUUCCUGUCCCCCUGUUCUGGAGGGCAGGCAUCUGAGAUAAGUGUGGGCAUAGUGGAAUCCUCAUAAGAGAUAACCCAUUCCAGGCCCCUCUCCCACUGUGUAGCAGGUCCCAGCAAUUCUUAGUGCUCUCUAGUUGGACCUGUAUCUCUGCCUCUGCCACUUUUGUCACAUGGUCACUUUGUAUGUUUCCUUUUUAUAAGCACACCAAUAUCAAACAAAGGUGGAUAUUUUGUUUAGUAUCUGGUAACAGUGAUGGAAAGAGCCAAUCUGCAGAGAUAAUCAGAAUAGCAUGAGGGUUUGGGGAAUGGAGCUGCGGCCAUAGAUAUGGAGGAGAGAGGAAGAGGCAUCUAGUGACUACUGGACUUUUGGCUUCACACCUGGGUACCUGGGCCAUCUGUCUACCACUGGGAGGACUAGGGAAAGGGACAUCAGAGUUGCAAGAGAAACAGUUCAAUGUUCAAUUCUGAUCCAGCCAAGCUCAGUGUGAGAUGUUCCUGGAUCCUCUCAUCUUGCCUUGACUGUUAGUGGUGGUUUCACAUUUUCUUGUAGGCUUUCCAUUAUCCAUUGCUUACCAGUAACCAGUGUGAUCUGGAAAAUCUGGUUUUCACUUUGCUUAAUCUCCUCCACUGAUUUUCUGUUGCUUCAGGUCUAAACUCCAACCUCAGCCUUGUGUUGCUCUAAUUUCAUGUCAUCUUCCCUAAAAGCCCAGCCAUUUCACACUGGCCCUUUUUCCUUUCUCAAACCCACUAGCACUUCUGUGUCUUAAGGCCUUUGCUUCUGUUGUCUCCUUUGCUGAGAAGGCUCUGUCCCCUAAUCUGCACAGUUGAUUUUUUUUUUUGUCAUUCAGAGAUCUAAGUGUAAACAAAAGUUCUUUCAUCUGGUCUUCAUCCUAAAUUACAUUACAUUGUUUUAACUCACAUCAAAACCUGUGAGCUUUUCUAUUCUGUUGUUUCUUCCUUCCCACUAGAGGGAGACAGAAGUCUUGUCAAUCCAAUUUAGUAACAUACUAUAUAGGAGCUCGGCUCAGGGAUACUCUGUGUUUACUGAUGGCUGAGCUUGUCUGACAUGAAAUCAGGAUUCUUUUGCCAAUAUUUUCACAGACAUCACCUGUCACCAUAAUUGGUGACUUAUAGAAGUUAUUAUAUUAAUGUACUAGGAAUAAUAGUACAGAAAUCUUAUUUUAGAACUAUAGUAACUAUAGCUUUUUUUUGGUGCUGAGGAUGGAACCCAGGGUCUUAUACAUGCUAAGCAUGCAUACCACCACUUAGUUACAAUCCCAGUUUAUCAGCUUUUCUCUGUACCUCCCUACCUUUCUCUCUGACAGUCCUGUUCUGUAGCCCUGCCUGCUAUGUAAUCCAGGAUGGCCUUGAACUUGCAGCCAUCCUAUUGCCUCAGCCACUUCAGUGCUAGGAUUACAAAUAUGUUCCACUAUGCCUGACUGUAGCCAGAGGAUUUCUCAGGUCCUGCCUGGCUCCAUGCAGAUCUGCAGCCACUUA